CUAGGUCUGAGCCGCUCACGGCACGCGCCACCUGAGCUGGUCCAAUCAGACGGCCUGGAACAGACCGACACGAUCAAGCCCUUUCCGUACUUCCUGAGCGGCCGCGCAGCCGCCUGCACCGGAGGAGCGACGCAGCCUGAUGCCGUUCGUCUGACCGCCGUACCUGCGCUCAUCACCUCGGUCUGCAUCCGAGGCUGCGACAGCGAGAACUAUCCCGGAGCAUAAUCGGGCCUCUGUUUGAGACGAGGAGGCGGGAGCACCGUCUAGACCAAGGUCCGGCUCUCUCACAGAGGAAGGGCCGAGCGAGGGACCUGCUCGGCUGGAGACGAGAGAACCACAGGAGAACUUAUUUGUAUUAACUCAGAGCCAUAGGAGGCGAGGAGGGGACGGAGCUACCCCCGGUCAGCCCUUCUCUGGCCCAGGCUAGUCCAGCGCUGUCCUGAUCCUGGCUGCAGGCCUGCUGGGACUCCACCAGACACCUGCUUCCUUACUGGUCUUGACACACACACACACACACACACAUACACACACAUACACCCAGGGCCCUUCCAGAAGCAUGAAGCUGAAGGAGGACCUGAACCCCAUGCUCCUGCUGCUCUUCCAGCUAACGGUGGGGGUAUACGGCCUCUUGACACGGCUGCCCUUCUACCUCCUCGGCUGGCUGGGGUCCGGGUCCCGGCCUCCCUCCGGGGGCCCUCAGGCCCAGAGGGACCACCGUGACAAGGCCUGCUCCGUGUCGGGCGAGCCCCAGGGGCCCUACAGGGCGCUGGCCUCCACCCAGAGGCUGGCCAGCACCAUGCAGCCGGGGGUGGACACCCUGGACAAGAUGUUUGAACACUCGGUGCAGAGCUUCACCCACAAGGACUGCCUGGGCACCCGGGAACUGAUCUCAGAGGAGGACGAGCGGCAGAGCAACGGCAAGGUGUUGAAGAAGCAGGUCCUGGGGCAGUACGUGUGGAUGUCCUUCCAGCAGGCCCAGAAGGCGGCCUCAGAGCUGGGCAGUGGGCUGGCCGCGCUGGGCCAGCAGCCCCACUCCAAUAUCGCCAUCUUCUGUGAGACCAGAGCCGAAUGGAUGGUGGCUGCCCAGGCCUGCUUCCUGCACAGCUUCCCAGUGGUCACUCUGUACUCCACUCUGGGGGUCCCGGCCAUCCUCCAUGUACUGAAUGAGACCCAGGUUAGGCAUAUUAUCACCAGCAGUAAGCUCCUGGAGACCAAGCUCAAGGCCAUUCUGACCCAGGUCCCCAGUCUUCAGCACAUCGUGGUGGUGGGCAGCAGGGCCUCCUCUUGGCCAGACUACCCACAAGGCAUCAGGAUCAACAACAUGACCGCCGUCCAGGAGCUGGGGAGGCGCCCUGAGAACGCGGCUCGCGGGAAAACGCGGCCGCGGCCGGCGGACCUGGCCGUCAUCAUGUACACCAGCGGCUCCACGGGGGUCCCCAAGGGCGUGCUCAUCUCCCACAGCAACCUCCUGGCGGGCGUCACAGGCAUCGCGGAGAGGGUGUCUGGACUGGGUGAGGAGGACACCUAUAUAGGCUACCUGCCGCUGGCCCACGUGUUGGAGUUGAAUGCAGAGCUGGUGUGCCUUUCCCACGGCUGCAGGAUCGGAUACUCCUCCCCCCUCACGCUGGCUGACCAGUCGUCUAUGAUCAAGAGAGGCAGCCAAGGGGACAGCAGCGUGCUGCAGCCAACGCUGAUCGCCGCCGUACCGGAGAUCAUGGACCGCAUCUACAAGAGCGUGAUGGGCAAGGUGGAGGAGAUGAGCAGCCUGCAGCGGACCCUCUUCGUCCUGGCCUACCACUACAAGCUGGAGCAGCUCAGCCUGGGCCUCGGCACGCCGCUGUGUGACAAGCUGGUGUUCCGGAAGGUGCGGGCCCUGCUGGGGGGCCGGACGCGGGCGGUGCUGUCGGGGGGGGCGCCCCUCUCCGCCGCCACACACCGCUUCAUGAACGUGUGUCUGUGCUGCCCGGUGGUGCAGGGCUACGGCCUGACGGAGACCUGCGGGGGGGGCACCCUCAGCCAGCUGUGGGACUACAGCACUGGGAGAGUGGGAGGACCACUGGUAUGUUCUGAAGUCAAGCUGAAAGACUGGGUGGAAGCUGGUUACCGUAGCACCGAUAAGCCCUACCCACGGGGAGAGAUCCUGAUUGGUGGAGGCAACGUAUCAAUGGGUUACUACAAGAAGGAUUCUAAGGACCAGGAGGACUUCUUUGUUGACGACUGCGGGCAGAGGUGGUUCUGCACCGGAGACGUGGGAGAGGUCCACCACGAUGGCAGUCUGAAGAUCAUUGACCGUAAGAAGGACCUGGUGAAGCUCCAGGCUGGAGAGUAUGUGUCGCUGGGGAAAGUGGAGGCGGUGCUGAAGAACUGCCCACUGGUGGACAACAUCUGUGUCUAUGGCAACAGUGAGGAGUCAUACGUGAUUGGCUUCAUGGUGCCCAAUCAGAAGCAGCUACUGGAACUGGCGUCCAAGCGUGGUGUGAGAGGCUCAUGGGAAGAGCUCUGCCAGCACCAGGCCGUGGAGGAGAUGGCCCUGGAGGUCAUUUCUGAAGCUGCGCUCGCAGGCGAGCUGGAGCGCUUUGAAGUCCCCUGCAAGCUGCUGCUCAGCCCGGAGCCCUGGACGCCCGAGACCGGCCUGGUGACCGACACCUUCAAGCUCAAACGCAAGGAGCUGAGAACGCACUACCUGGACGACAUCGCCAGGAUGUACUGCAGGCAGUAGCGCUGCAGGCAAUAGCGCUGCAGUCAGUAGCUUCAGGCCUCAUCAGGCAACGAGCCACGGAGACGAGACCAGCAGGGAGGAAGGAGAAGCUACAACAACGACUAGAGCCCUUGUGCCCUCCUGACCCGCCUCCCAUCACCCCAUUGUCCCCCCCGUUUACCCACUCACCCCUCUUCACCCCACCCCCUUUACCCC